CCCUGGACAGGAGAAGGAGGAGGAGGAGGAGAGCCUGUCUUCACGGCCCCACAGCCUCCUGGGGAGAUGCAGAGCCUCCGGCCUGAGCAGAUGCGGGGCCUGUUGGAGCCCGAGAGGGUGAAGACGCUGCUGCCCUGGGAGAGCCGGGCCUGGGAGAAGCCAGCGCACCUCACCCCCUCCAAGGACUGGGAGGCCGUGGAGGUUGGGGCCACCAGCUGUGAUGGCGAGGAGAGAGAUCUGUCUUCGCAAGAGUCUGGGCUUUCACAGGAGUGGAGCUCAGUGGAGGAAGAUGAUGAGUCAGAGGAUUCCCAGGGCUUGGUGGAGUGGUCAAAAGCUCCACAACAAACGACCAUAGUGUUGAUCGUGUGCGUGCUUUUCCUGUUCCUGGUUUUGACGGGGAUGCCCAUGAUGUUUCACAUUUAAUCAUCCUCCUGGCUGUGGUUUUUAGACAGAUGCCCUGUGUCAUGUUAAGGAAGCGUCCUGGCUAGAGAUCAGGAAUGGGUUUUGAAUAUUAUCAAAUGCCUUUCAAACAUCCAUGGAGAUGAUUUUUUUAAAAAACUUUUUAGUAUGAGGUUUUACAUUACUGUAUUUCAUUAAAAUUAAGACAUUCUUGGCUGUAGAACACAUAUUAUUUUAUAUACACUGAGAAAGAAAAAUGCUAAUUAAUUGUAAAUUGCCACCUCCUAACUUCAGGGAAGGUGAAAAAAUGUGCAAUUUAGAAACAAUGAAAUGUAAUAGAUUUCCUAUCAAACCAUUUUUUCAUUCUAAGGAUUGUGGUGCACUGUCUUUUCAUAUACUGAAUUAUGUUUUCUUAAUAUUUUCCUGUAAGAUUCUUGCCUCUGUCUUCACAUGUGAGAUGGGUGCUAUUUUUGAGCAGUUUUGGUAUAAUGGAUAAGCCUGCCUCAUGGGAACACUUGAGGAACACUGACCCUUUUCUGUGUUUCUGAGUCAUUUCUGUAACUUGAUUACCAAGCCCCUGCCAUUUAAGAGGAACCUACCAAUAAAAUAAUCAGGCUAUAGAGUCCUGGAGGGGGAGUUUCAGCUAAUUCUGGGGCAGCUUUCUCAGCUCCCCCAUAUCAUCAGUGUGUUAAUUCCUUCACUUUGAUGACUUGUGAUGUUCUUUUUCUCCUAAAGAAUUCUCAGUUCUAUAGAGUUUUCCAAAUUAUUAUCUUGUUAUGUACACUAUUUUGCAGUUAAACAAAGAUCUUCUCUUUUCAUGUUUUGUCUCCAUUCUCAACUUCUCUGUGUGGUUAUCCCAUUAUUUGGUUUGUCAAAGGAUUACAUAGUAUUGUUUUGCCAAAGAGUCAGUAUUAGGAUCUAUUUGUAUCUGUUAUUUCUCUUAAUUGUAAUAGUUUUUCUUUAAUAUGUAUUGUUUAUUUUUAUCGUUUUUAUUAUUUGUCUCAAUUUUUAAGUUGAGUAUUUAGUCUUUAUAUUUGCAAUAAUAGCAUACUUACUACAAAUGUGUUUCUGGACAUAGCCUUGGCCACAUCUUGAAGGUCAAUAAUUUACAUUCUUAUGUUCUUAGAGAGUACUUUAAAACUCAGUAAUUUUGCUCAUUAUUUUGUUAAAAAAUAGUUUUGCGUUCUUGUUUUACUGCACUGUGAAUAGAGAAUGUAGCCUAUGCUAUAUCUGCUUUCAGAACAUUUUAAAAAGCCUUUACUCUAGCCUAGAAUGUAUCACAUUUUUGUAACUGUCUCAUGGACACCUCAGAUGAGUAUGUAUUCUGUGUAGAAAACUGUGUCUUUUAAUUAACUCGGUCUCAUCAAUUAUAUCACUCAGAUUCAUGUUGUUUAAUAUUGGCUUACUGUAUCUCUCAGAAACCAAUAGGAUUAUGUGAAAAUGUUAGUCUGAUUGGCUUAGCAAUAUAUUUUUGUAGCGUUUGUGUUAAAUAUUCAACAGCUGUGCAAUUUGAUGCAAAUAAGUCCAGUAUUGUUAUGUCAUUGCCUAUUAAAUAAUCUACAUGAAACACCAAGCACAGUUCCAGCCCUGUAGUAGGUACUCAAUAAACGUUAGUUAAAAGCAGAC